UUCAAUUCAAGUCAAAGUAGUUGUAAACGAUUAAAGCAAAUUUUAUUAAAUUUCAAAGGAAUUAAUAAAAUUGAACUUAAAAAAUGUCUCUAGCCGACGAACUUCUUGCUGAUUUGGAAGAAAAUGACAAUGAAGACCUAAAUGACACCAUUAAAGAAGAAAUGGACGAAGAUGGAGACGACGCAACCGUGGAAAUCUCUGAAAAGUUUCUCAAGCCAUCGGUGAAUCUUAUGGAAGUCGAUGUUAAAGUCCAAUCAGUUCGUGAAUUGUGCAAGCUACGUGACUCGGAGCGAUUGCAGAAUAUUCUGCGCCAAAUCGAAGACUACGCCUCUCGCCAGAGAUCGGCUGCCGAAAUGAUAGGGAAUGUGGAAUCGGACCCAGAAUAUCGACUUAUCGUGGAAGCAAAUGCAAUCGCCGUCGAAAUUGACAAUGAAAUAUCUAUCAUCCACAAGUUUACCAAAGACAAGUACCAGAAGAGAUUCCCUGAAUUGGAUUCUCUGAUUGUCGGCGAAAUGGAGUAUCUUCUGGCUGUGCGAGAGCUCGGAAAUGAACUUGAUCAAGUAAAGAACAACGAAAAGCUUCAAGCGAUUCUAACACAGGCAACUAUCAUGAUUGUCUCAGUUACAGCUUCAACAACACAAGGAACAAAUUUAACUCCAGCCGAAAAAGCACAAAUCGAUGAAGCUUGUGAGAUGGCUUUCCAACUGAAUAACUACAAAUCAAAGAUCUAUGAAUACGUUGAGAGUCGUAUGACGUUCAUUGCUCCCAACUUGUCAAUGAUCAUUGGUGCAUCGACUGCUGCUAAGAUUCUUGGAAUAGCUGGUGGCCUUACAAAGUUGUCCAAAAUGCCAGCAUGCAAUGUUCAAGUCCUCGGCUCGGAGAAGAAAACACUCUCUGGAUUCUCAAAGACACAAAUGUUGCCACACACAGGAUACAUUUAUUACUCACAAAUUGUUCAAGACAAUCCACCGGAUGUUCGUCGGAAAGCAGCUCGUUUGGUAGCUGCCAAAAGUGUGCUUGCAGCUCGAGUUGAUGCAUGCCAUGAAUCGGUCCAUGGAGAAAUCGGUCUUCGGUUCAAAGAAGACAUCGAAAAGAAACUCGACAAACUACAGGAACCACCUCCAGUCAAGUUCAUCAAACCCCUUCCAAAACCAAUCGAGGGAAGCAAGAAAAAACGUGGUGGCAAGCGUGUGCGGAAGAUGAAGGAGCGUUAUGCAUUAACCGAAUUCCGAAAGCACGCCAAUCGAAUGAACUUCGGUGAUAUCGAAGAAGACGCCUAUCAAGGUGACUUAGGCUACACCCGUGGAACAAUUGGAAAAACCGGAACCGGUCGCAUCCGUCUGCCCCAAGUCGACGAGAAGACCAAAGUACGCAUCAGCAAGACCCUUCAAAAGAACCUACAGAAACAACAAGUCUACGGUGGCAGCACCACAGUCAAACGCCAAAUAUCUGGUACAGCUUCCAGUGUGGCAUUCACUCCGUUGCAAGGUCUUGAGAUUGUGAAUCCACAGGCAGCUGAAAGAUCGAUCUCCGAAAUGAAUGCCAAAUACUUCUCAAAUACCUCUGGAUUCUUGUCCGUUGGCAAAAGAACAACAUAAGCGAUUUUGUUUGUUUAUUUAUUUUUAAAAUUUGUAUUUCCUUAUAAAAAGAAAAUAUACUAUUCGCAUUUUAUAUUUAUAAUGUAAAAAAAGCCACAGACUCGCAAAUAAAAUUAAUAAUAAAAUAAAAAACACAUAAAAAUACACUUUA